ACGAAUAAAAAAUUUGUUGCGCCCACAACAACACAACCAUCAUUAAAAGUCUAACGUUAGCAUUUUUCAAACAAAAACAGUAACUUGUUGGAGCCAAACGGCUUUAAAACUUCUCACAUGUUCCUCCACACACUCUCUCUCUGGUUGCAUUCAUAUCACUUUCUUUAAUUACUCUUAAUUAGCAACGACUUCGUAAACAUUCUUUCUUCUCUUUCCAACAGCGAAAGAAAGAAAGAACAUGGGUUGUUUUCUUCAGUGUUUUGGUUUAUCCACUAAAAGAAAACGCAGAAAGACUCUCUACAAAGUCCUAGCUCGAGAAAGCCAAAAAUAUGGAAACUAUGAAGUUCUUGCUAUAACAGAAAAAGCGAUUAUCCCUUAUUCUGAACCCAGAGAUCAAGAGAAGGAGAAGAGUGGUGUUAAAGCCAAGAAGAAGAAGAAAGUUAGUUUUAACUUGAAUUUACAGAUAUAUGAGGCGAACCCUAGUUCUUAUCAGGUGUUGGAGAACGAGGAAGAAGAAAAUAAGGACAUUGAUGUGAAAUCAGAGGGAAGGGUUUUGGGAGAUGGAUCUGAAGCUGAGGUAAUUCGAUACCCGUCGAAUCAUAGAUAUUAUAACUGUGGUUAUGAUCAGGAUGAAGAGGAUGAGAUGGUAUAUGAGGAGUCUGAUAUUGAUGAUGAGUUUGAUGAAGAGUAUGAUUGGGAUGAUGAUGAUGAUGAUGAGGGCUAUGAAAGUUGCGAGAAUUAUGGUGAUGAUGAAGUAUGUGAUGAAAAUGGGAUGAAGAAUCAGAAGGCACUUGCUUCAAACGACGCUGAGGUGAAAUCGAAUUCGAGUGGACGAGAGAGGAGCAUGAACAUGAAUUCUGUUCUGCUUCCGGUGGAGAAUCUAACUCAGUGGAAAGCAAUCAAAGCAAAAGUUAUAUCAAAUAAAAACAGGAGAAAGGAAAAUGCUCCAUCGGAGGAAAAUACAAGCAUGCUGCCUUUAGUCUCACCUUGUAUUUUGGAAUCAAAUGAUCUUCAGUCAAAGCCUUUGUUGAAAGAAAUUGCGGUUGAUGCUAGUCUUUCAAACUGGCUGGUUUCUCCUAACUAUAAUGUUUCCAGUACAAUUCGUUGUCAAUGAUACAGCAGAGUGAUUGAAGAAACAGAAACUUAGAGAAUAUUAAUUGGUGAAGAACAAUAUAAAGUGUCAAUUUUUUAGGUUUUUGAUGAUUGAUUAUUCAUUAAGAAAAUAGUUUGUCAGGAUGAUUUGGUUGUAUGUGUGUCUAAUUUGUGCAUGUAAUUGUUUUGUUUUGGGUUUGUGAACGGGUUAUGUUGUAAUCAAAUCAAAGGAGAGUGUGUUUGUUGAUGUUUUAUCUUCAUGUUGCAGCUAUGCAAUUUGAGGUGUUCUCAAA